AUGCCACAUACUCCACACUUCGAUAGCGAUGAUAUAAUUCUUGCACCUUUCAAUUAUUUGACGGAAAAUUCUGGGAAAGGGAUGCGGACAAAGUUAAUAAAGGCAUUUAAUUUGUGGCUGAAUAUUGAUCAAGACAAAUUGGAUCUUCUUAGUGAUAUUAUCGAAACUCUUCACAAUGCUAGCUUGAUUGUCGACGAUAUCGAAGAUAAUUCCGAUCGUCGUAGAAACAAACCGGCGGCUCAUAUGCUCUUCGGUGUUCCUCUUUCGAUUAAUGCAGCUAAUUUUGCCUAUUUUAUUGCUCUCGAAAAAGCUCUUCGUCUUAACCACCCUGAUGUGCCAAAAGUUUAUGCUGAACAAAUGAUUGAUUUGCACCGGGGUCAGGGAAUGGAUAUUUAUUGGCGAUGCUCUUUGAAAUGCCCCACCGAACAUGAAUAUAAUGAAAUGGUCAAACAAAAAACUGGUGGCUUAUUUGGAAUGGCUGUGAAAUUAAUGCAACUUUUUUCAACUAAUACUAGCGACUAUGGACCUCUUCUAGCCUCUUUGGGUUUAUGGUUUCAAAUCAGAGAUGAUUACGCCAAUCUUGUUGAUACAUCGUAUCACGAAGCGAAAGAUUUUGCAGAUGAUUUGACUGAGGGCAAAUUUAGUUUUCCUAUAGUGCACGCCAUUAAUGGAUUUCCAAAUGAUCACCAAACAAUGGCCAUUUUACGUCAGCGCACAACAAAUCGGGCAGUCAAAGACCAUGCCAUUCAACACCUUGAUGAACUUGGAUCUCUGGAGUACACUGCUUGUACCCUCAUUCGGCUAGAAAAAGAAAUCCGUCAAAUGGUGGCGGAUUUCGGUGGAAAUCCGUAUAUUCUACGUUUUCUUGAUGACUACUGCAUAAUCUACAGAGAUGCAGAUCAGUGGGCUUCUGAUAAAGGCGACUCGAAUAAGCCUGAUCGACGACUUUUUAAUAUUCAAGAUGUAUCCCUUAAUGAGAGCUCAUUUGAAUCCAAUGUCCCCACUGGACUUCAACUGUUUUCAGAUUACCGAAAGGGUAUUUUAAAUCCUGAUGUAGUUAGCACCCAAGGUGCUUCCACCUUGAAAGAAUCAACACAGGAGACGACCGUCAAGAAAACUGAGCCUCGAAUCCCUGUAACUUGGUUGAAACCUCGAAGUGCCUUGAGUCGUUUGGCUGCUGAUCAUGCUUUGCCAACCUCCUCAAGUAACACUUUCAAGUCCGAUUCAACGCCUGUGAUUCCUCAGAAAGUCCCCUAUGAUUCUCAAACAACCCCAACGAAAUCUGGGUUAGAUCUUGUCUUAUCCACUGGUAGCUAUUCUAAUUAA